AUGACGGGAACUCUCUUCAUCUCAUUUCGUGGGAAGGGCUGGGUGCAUAGCGCCGCUCGUGUUAUGCCGGCUAACUUCACCCGGAGCCUGAUACGAACUUUCUCUUCUGGUCAACCUUUGCAGGCACAACCAGUGUCGUUUCGUGCCAGUCCGCCAGAGAUCGCGCAGGGUCGACUGACCGAACAAAAUCUCGAAACAGCUGUCCGUUCGCUCCAACAUGACGGGCUGGUGGUGGUGGAAAAUGCCAUCGAUACCAAGGUCCUGGACAAGCUGAAUACAAAAAUGGUGGCGGACGCCCUGUACUUGCAGUCGAAAGGGAAAAAUGGCCCCUUCAAUUACAACCAAGGAAACCUGCAGCAGGAUGCUCCGCCUGUGAAAGAACAUUUCCACUCCGAGAUCUUCCUGAACCCGAUUGCCACACAGAUAACGUCCGCCAUUCUAGGCCCUCGCCCCAAGCUGACCUUCUGCUCCGGCAACUCGGCGAUGCCACCAACAAAAGAUUCUCCACCCCAAAGACAACCAGUACAUUCAGAUGCCGACUUUGCUCAUCCCGACCACCCUUUUGCUUUGGUGGUAAAUGUUCCUCUCAUUGACAUGAAGCCUGACAAUGGCUCGACCGAAGUUUGGUUGGGAACACAUAACGCAUUCGGGCUUGAAGCACAAGAAGGGGCUCAUGGUGAGAGGGCAUCUGGUAGGAUCCGCCCAUCGUUUCUGGAAGAGAGGGCGAAAACACGUCCACCAGUGCAACCCUUCAUCCCAAAGGGAAGCAUCGUCAUCCGCGAUUUGCGCCUCUGGCAUGCUGGGAUGCCGAACCACACCGAAGAGGUCAGAGUAAUGCUUGCAAUGAUUCAUUUUGCACCCUGGUAUCGUAACCAAAUGAAGUUGGAGCUGGCUGAAGAGGUCAAACCGGUCGUGCAAAAGGUGAUGGAUCUUGAUGUUAGGGCGAAUUAUGUGAGCGAGCCAGAGGCCCUCGACAGCUACCUGAAUCGUGGUUUUGGAAAUAGCUAUGACUUUGGGCAAUCUUUGUAGUGGCCACGUCUCAGAUCGAAAAGAAGCGCACAGUCCUACCUCUGACUUACCCGGGAUGAAUUGCUGGCAGAAGUGCUCAUCCUGUUUAACCCGGCAGAUACCAGACGUAGCGGCAGCCAUUUGUUAAAAG